ACGGCAGAAAGAGAGCAACCACCGGACGUAGGUUUGGCAGGAAAAAAAGGGGAAACCUCAGCUGCUUACCCGGGAUAAAAAUACAUUUUUCAGGAGGACAUAAGAGCGGUCUACACCGGUGCCCCCGAAACGCAGGGAAAUCUGAAGUGUAAACCCCCACCACAACAUCAGACAACCCAUGCACUACUCGCCAGAUUUACCUGAAUGGAAAAGUCCUAUUCAAGGUUGAUCACUGACUGAUGACGAGGAUGCUUUCCUGAAUCUCCCCACUCACAACCCUGACCCCCUUCAUCCUCCUGACCGUCCUCAUCCACACCACCACCACCUCCUCCAUCAUGAACCACACCCCCAGCCCCCACCUCUCCGAAGGCGGUAAGUCAGCCGGAGGCGGUCUGCUGUGCAGCCUGGGUCUGGGGCCCGACAGGGGGAUCCGCUCCCCGGACAGCCUCACCCACACCCCGAGCCCCACUGGAGGAACCCCCAGCUCAAGCCCCCCGCUGCUGCUGUCGCCCGGGCUGGGGGGCCUUGGUCUAGGGUCCCUAGGGACCAUGAGCGAGGGAGCUGCUGGGGCCGACUGGGAGAGCAGGGAGGAGCUGAGGCUCAGGGAGCUGGAGGAAGCUCGUGCCAGAGCUGCCCAGAUGGAGAAGACCAUGAGGUGGUGGUCGGACUGCACCGCCAACUGGAGAGAGAAGUGGAGCAAGGUUCGUGCAGAGCGGAACCGUGCACGUGAUGAAGUCCGUCAGCUGAGGCAGCGGCUGGAUACCCUCACCAAGGAGCUGACCAGUGUUCGGCGGGAGCGGCAGGAACUGGCCUCAGAGAAUGAGACUCUACGGCAGGAGACGCUCCGCAGCAACCACACAGCCCCUCCUCCAUCUGCCACUUCUCCAUCUUCCUCUCCUGCACACCCUCGUGGUGCUUCCUGCUCCUCCUCCUCUCCAUCUAUCCCUCCCUCCUCCCCUGCCUCAUCCUCCUCCUCUCAGGUCCACACUGACGGCAAGCUGGACAGAGUUGGGGAGGGACCGCCAGGGUCUCCAGAGCCAGAACCAGUGAGGGACGUGGACUUAGACAGACAAAAGAUAGCUCAAAACAAGGUGUUGGAGUCGGUCCUUUGUUCCAGAGCUCCAGAAGGGGACCCAGAGGACUGGGAAAGUCGCAGUGGUGUUAACCAGGCCAGCUCACGUCCGUCCUCCGGUCUGAGCCGGCAGGAACGCAGCAGGCAGCUGUGGGAGGACAUUAGUACGGUGGAGGAUGACACCAGCAAACUCAACGCCCUGCAGCUUCGUCUGGAUGAGUCCCAGAAGGUCCUGCUGAAGGAGAGAGAAGACAAGCUAGCGCUGAGUAAGAGCAUUGAGAGGCUGGAGACUGAACUCAGUCAGUGGAAACUUAAAUAUGAGGAGCUCAGCAAGAGCAAACAGGAAGCCCUCAAACAGCUGAACCUGCUGAAGGAAAUGCACCAGGAUGAACUCGGUCGCAUAUCUGAAGACUUGGAGGACGAACUGGGAGCCCGAACCAGUAUGGACAAGAAACUAGCUGAACUACGAGCUGAGAUGGAGAGGCUGCAGGUGGAGAAUGCUGCUGAGUGGGGGCGCAGGGAGCGCUUGGAGACGGAGAAACUUGCUCUGGAGAGGGACAAUAAGAAGCUGAGGGCUCAGACUGAAGACUUGGAGGAGCAACUGGCCAAGAAACGCCGGCAGGCAGCCUCUGCACUCGACACCGACCUCAAGGCCAUUCAGAGCGAGCUGUUUGAGAGAAACAAGGAGCUGGCUGACCUUCGUCAUGUUCACUCUAAACUGAAGAAGCAGUUCCAGGAGAAGACAGCAGAGCUUGCCCAUGCCAACCGGCGGGUGGAGAGCCAUGAGGCCGAAGUCAAAAAGCUACGACUGAGGGUAGAAGAGCUUAAGAAAGAGUUGGGGCAGGCGGAGGAUGAGUUGGAUGAGUCUCAUAACCAGACCAGGAAGCUGCAGAGGUCUCUGGAUGAGCAGGUGGAGCAGACUGAGAACCUGCAGGUACAACUGGAACACUUACAGUCAAGACUGCGGCGGCAGCAGCAGAAUCCUGGUCUGUUUGGGAAGAUGCGAACAGCCCGGUUCGGUCCUGAAAACCCAGACGGUCCGGCCAGCGACAUGGACGAGGACGAUGAAGAACUGCAGCUCCAGAUCCCAUGACAAACACAAACACUCACAGAUAUACAUACAUAUUGUGAUACAGGAUGUACUUUUAAACAUUCAACAGUCACACAAAGAAGGUGAAUAUAUUUGUUUUUGUUUUUGUUUUCUUUUGUUUUUUUUUUUUGGGGGGGGGUCUCUAUAGCUCCAGUAAUGGUUAUUUUUCGUAACAGGAAGCAGUAAUGUCUUCUGCUCAAGUUUAAAAUCGUCUCUCCAUCAUUUUAGGAACGAUUUAACGCAGAGUCCAAUCAAAAAGUCAAUAUCACUUUCAUCUCUGCACCGACACCUACAAAUUGAAGGAGCUGAUAUGUCAGAGUCUCACUUCUUUUGAAGACACACUCUCUCUCUCUCUCUCACACACACACACACACACACACACACACACACACACACACACACAUAUUCUUGGACACACUUGGAUAAACAGACACACAGCAACAAGAUCAAACCCAGCAGGAGUGUGACAGACAUUAACAUCCUUUCAAUGUACUCACUCACUCUCACCUCAUAUCAUCACAAGCAUUAAAGCUGUCCAUCUUCACGUGCUACUGUGUCCAAACAAGCCUCAAACACACAUCCACAUCUCCAGUAUUCAUUUUUGCCCAUAGCAGUCAGCUAUAAGGGAAAGGGCUUUCAUGUCCCUGAGCAUGACGUGAAGUGUUUUGUGGUAUAUCAAAAGGGAAUAGCAGUCGUUUCAGGAAUUGACAUGUUGCUGAAAUGGUCUGCCACAUUUUAAACAGUAUUUAUAAAGGAGAGUAUUUUCUAAAAGAGCCAAAACAGUCAAACAGACACGACUAAGUAAUAUGUAGUAAAAUGUAAUAAUAAUAAACAUUUUGUUUAUUACAAUACAAUAAUGUAAUGUAAUAAACAAAUGUCACAGUUCUUUUAGACAGUUUGUAUAUACACGUGAGCUAAGAGAAAGCACAACAUCCUUGUAAAACCAACAGAUUGAGCUUUACAUCAGAGGGAUGUGAUGGAUGUGGGUGGUAGUAAAAUCUCAAACUUUUUGAGAAGGGGGAUAUGUACCUGUGGAUGUCCACUAACAGACCAGUCGCAUUACCAUUUAAAACUGCUACAUUUCAAAACAAAGCUCGUUCAUUUCAAAGGAAUCUCCAUGAUCAGUGGAUUCACAGUCGAGGGCGAAGUCAUUCUGAGACAAUCUGAUUCACUGACCUUUGGAACGAACACACAGCCGGAGAGUCCAAAUGCUGUUGUAGCCUAUUAGCUGUGUCACCACCCACUUUUAUUCAACCUUCCUCUGUUAAAAGUAUAAACUGUUUUACCUUAGUGUCCCACUAGCAACUGAGCUAAGAAGCUUGCAAACUGACAGUAAGAAAUGUUGCUUUUUCCCCUUCGUUAACUCUUUACUGAAUGAAAUGAUCUUUGAGAAGAAAUCUCAGAGUGUAGAGUGGAGUAAACAGCACAGUGCAGAGAAAAUGUAAAGGAGAUCAGAGAGGUGAUGUGAUUGGCUAGCAUGUUCCCAGCUGGCUAGUGCGUUAGCAAUUAGCUCACUAGCUACAGUUUUUCACUCGCUAGAAAUCAGUGAUAUUGUUCUUUAAGAGGAGGUGAUUUAAAGCUGAAUCUUUAUAUUCAGUCUGUAUAGUCAUCAUGGUUAGACCACUGUCUUGAUUCUGUUGAAAUCAAAGCUUCCCUUUCAACUUUACAGUAUAUGGAAGUACAGUGUACACACCAGUGGAACCAAAACUUUCCAGACAGCAGAUGCUAGAAACACAUUCAAAGCUCUGUUCUUGUUGUGUUCUGUUCAGUGUUGUAAAAUAUUGUAAUUUUCCUGGAGAAUAAAACCCUGGGCAAGUAUUUAUGUCCAGCAGCUCCCUCAGGACUGUAUCCAGCCAGGAUGGAAACGCCUCCAAAGCAGCGUAUAGACCAUAAUGGGAUAAUGAAACACUCACUGAAACCCAGGCCAGUAAAAUUCCUGCAGGCUUAAUUCUCACAGGCUCCUUAUAAGAUGGCCCACGUAUUCAGCAGUAGGGGGGACUGAGGAGUUCAUUUGUACAAAGCUCAGUUGGGCGAUGUCUUCCGCCUGUGAUACAGCUCCAGUCUAAUAGUGAAUACAUGCAGUUGUGAAAGCAAUAAAACAUUCAUUUAUCAUCCACCACCAUCCAUAGUUACUCUUGCCUUGGUUUCAACUCUGACGCUAGAAGGGGACCAAGAUAUUUUUACUGAUCAGGAUUCUGAACUAUUUAUAUUGUCGUCUUUAUGGUUUACUUUUUAUAAAUGAUCUGUACCACAGUGGUUUUGUAUUAGCUCUAUAAAUGUCAACUGUAAU